AUGGAACUUAAUGGAGAUGAACCUGUCAAGAAAUCAAAGUCUCUUGCUUUGAAAUAUGUUGCUCAACCUUCCACAUCUUCUAAAAUUUGGGAAUUUGAAGAAGCAGCUCAUGCAGCAACUUCUGAAGAAUUUAUUGAUGAUGAAGAAAUGGCCUUCAUAAUCAAAAUAUUCUUAUAUAUGGCUAAGAAGAACAAAAUAUUCUUUGGCAUAAGUAGUGGCUUCAUAGGAUCAAGAUCCAGAGAAAAUAAAGAUGAUAAUAAUGGAUGCUUCAACUGCAAGAAGUUUGGUCACUUCAUUAGUGACUAUCUAGAGGUGCAAAAGGAAAAGUCAAAGAAAGGAAGCUAUCAGAAGGACAGCUUCAAAAGCAAGUUAUGGGUUAGGGUUGAGGUCUAUGAUAAAGUUGCUGCAUCUUUUGAAGAAAGAGGGAAGAUUACCGAACAUGAAGCGAAUAGAGGGAAGUCAAGAGCUGAGAUGAGUCUGAAAGAUUUUAAAGAAAUUGAAAUCAGAUCAGUUGUAAGGGGUUUUGAUAUUGCCAUCACUCAAAGUUAUAUUGUCACGAUGAUAUGUGUAGCUAAUGAAGGAAUAUGUAUCCUGAACACUAAAGAUGGCAGUAAACAUUCCAAUCUUAUCAAGUUAGACUUAUUUGAUAAGUCUGAUGACUUUGGAAAUGUGAAGAACAUGAAGAUUCCCUACAAACUUAUAUUCAAGAUUCUCAUUAGCAGACUGAUUGAUGCUCUAAAGAAAUUUUAUGCCACUCAGGAUCUUAAAGAAACAUAUGGUAACAUUAUAUUUGCUUUUGUUUUUGGAAAUAUGAAUAUCAUAAAGAAGAAAGGUGUGGCUGAAAAAAUAAAAAAAAUUGGUGUCCUUCUGACUUUGGAUGACAUUUUAGAUGCUCCUAAAAAUGCAUACAAGCCUUUAAGGAAUAGGAAGCAUGCUGCUUCUCAAACUCAGGAGGUUCAAAAUCCACCAAAGAAAAAGGCUUCUUCAUCCAUCCAAAAGGAGGUAAAGGAAGUGGCCUCUUCUGCUAUCUCGAUGCCUACUAAGACCAGAAGUGGGGCCAUUGGGAACACUCUCAAGAAUAAAAUAUUUACUUUUGUCAAACCAGCACCUUCAAAGAAGACAAAGGAAAUAAAGAAGUUGUCCCAGCACCAGAUGAAAGAAUCUGUUGUAGAAGGAGAAAAGCUGGUAACAUCUACUAUGAGGGAUAAAGCUUUGGAAAAUCCUUCUAAAGCUGAAGUUUUGAUGGAGCAAGCUCUACAAGUAAAGGCCACUACAAAAGCUAGUUUGAAGGAUGUAGAUGGAGUUGAUGGUGCUUCAAAAACUCAAGAUCUUUAA